CGCCAGGUUGCUGUUAACUUGAACCCUCAAACAAGUCACCGGGUUUUUGUGCUGUCGUCAUUGUCGUUUUGCAGAGUUAUUGUUUCUUCGGUCUUAACCUGCGAUGGCAGUUUUGCAAACGAUGGCAUCGACUCGAGAAGUUUUUGAAAAUACUACUUUCGAGCCGAUGGAAAGUGGAGACAACGAUGAGGAAGCCAUCCGUAAUAAAGAGCAAGAGAUCAUGGAACUGGGAGAAAAAUACAAAAAGGAAAAGAAGGCUGUAGAAUUGGCUCAGCUUAUUCGAGAUGUGAGACCUUUCCUUGCCAUGAUAAGCAAAGCAAAAGCAGCUAAACUUGUGCGUGGUCUUGUUGAUCUCUUUCUUGAUAUGGAAGCUGCAACGGGGACAGAAGUCCAGCUUUGCAAGGAAUGCAUUAGCUGGGCUGUUGAGCAAAAGGGCACAUUUCUUCGUCAAAGUUUAGAAGCACGAUUGAUUGCACUAUACUUUGACACUAAACAGUACUCUGAAGCAUUAGCUCUUGGUGCAACAUUGCUUAAAGAAUUGAAGAAAUUGGAUGACAAAUACCUUCUGGUGGAGGUUCAAUUGUUAGAAUCCAAAACCUAUCAUGCUCUUUGCAAUUUGCCUAAAUCCCGUGCAGCGUUAACUUCUGCCAGGACUACAGCAAAUGCCAUCUACUGUCCUCCAAAACUACAAGCUGCCCUUGACUUGCAGUCUGGAAUUCUGCAUGCGGCAGAUGAACGCGAUUUCAAGACCGCCUAUUCUUACUUCUACGAAGCCUUCGAGGGUUAUGAUAGCAUCGACUCUCCUAAAGCUGUUACAGCUCUCAAAUACAUGCUCCUGUCAAAAAUUAUACUGAACACGCCAGAUGAUGUGCAGAAUAUUUUGAGUGGUAAACUAGCUUUGCGUUAUGCCGGUCGAGAAGCUGAAGCAUUGAAAGCUAUUGCGCAGUCGGCAAUUAAGCGGUCUCUAGCCCAGUUCCAACAGGCAUUGGUAGACUUUCGCGCAGAAUUGGUAGAAGACCCUAUUAUCAAGGCACAUUUGGAGUCCUUGUACGACACCAUGCUGGAACAAAACUUGUGCCGAAUCAUCGAGCCUUAUUCCCGUGUUCAGGUUGUUCACGUCGCUAAGAUUAUUGCCUUGCCCGUGGAUCAAGUAGAAAAGAAACUGUCGCAGAUGAUUUUAGAUCGCAAACUAUCUGGCAUUCUCGAUCAAGGUGAUGGGGUGUUGAUAAUCUUUGAGCCGACCCGCACAGACUCCACGUAUGAGGCGGCAUUAGACACGAUCCAGAACCUCGGCAAAGUGGUGGAUACGUUGUACCAGAAAGCAAAGAAGCUUACAUAAGGUGUAUCACGGAGAGGCGGAAGAAAAACAAAUAAGCGUUUACUUAGUGUUUCAUCGCUUGUUCCGAAAAAGCAACAAGUUUCAACAGGGUUGUUGAAAACCGAGUAAAUAAAAAAACAUUUCCUACGUUAA